AUACAUAGAGCACAUAAUUAGUUUGUUUGGAGGUAGGAGAGAUAGGUUUAAUUUUAGCUAGGGGCAGAGUGAGGUAGGGUUAGUCUCAUUUUAGCUGACCGCCUAAAUAUCAAAGGAAGGUAAACCUAUCGCCAUCUUCAUCCGUCGUUCGCAGAGCAGGGAAACCAUCUUCACCCGCAUCGUCAUCUUCACUGUUCCGAUCUCCAGGUUGCCCACGGUGGGUUGCAGAGCAAACUACGACCAAGUACGGGGGCGAAGCCACUCAUAUCAGAGGAGGACGGCUGCGCGGCGGCAAGGGAAGGAGGCUCGGAGACAGAUUGUGCGAUUUCUGAUCGUACUCCUGCACGACAGCUGUGGAGGCGGAGACUAAGGAAGAGUUGAAGACCUGCAUUUGGCGGGGCUGCUUCCUCCUGCAAUUUCCGGUCGCCGGCGACAACUCUGACGUAUAACAGAGGAUCAUCAAUUUCAGCAGGAGGGAACUGCCAGAGAUUGAAGUCACAGCAGGAGAUUCAAACAGUUUCUAAGAUCCGUUUAAUUCAAGAUCCAAUGGCAAAUGAAAACAGUGCUUCUGCUAUGGAAAUAGAAGAAUUAAAUUCAAAUCAUGCUGAUCAGAUCAACAAUCCCAAAUUCUCUAUCAAUGUUUUGCAGCUGUUGAAAUCUGCUCAAAUGCAGCAUGGAUUGCGCUUUGGUGACUAUACUAGAUACCGGAGGUAUUGCACUGCCCGGUUGAGGCGAUUGUACAAAUCACUGAAGUUCACCCACGGGCGUGGGAAGUAUACCAAACGUGCAAUUACAGCAGUCAUAGUCACUGAAGUAAGGUUCCUUCACUUGGCUCUUUACACUGCUGAGAGAGCCUGGAGUCAUGCUAUGGAAAAGAAAACUUUACGUGAUGGUCCUAAUGCACGGCAACAGAGCUACCUCAUUGGCAGAUUGAGAAAAGCAGUUAAAUGGGCUACAUUGUUUCAGGAAUUGUGUGCCAUAAAAGGAGACUCCAGGACUUCCUUGGAAGCAGAGGCCUAUGCUGCAUAUAUGAAAGGGAAUCUGUUGUUCGAACAAGAUAAGAAUUGGGACAUUGCAGUCAAAUGUUUUAAAAGUGCCAGGGCUGUUUAUGAGGAGCUUGGCAAAUAUGGAGAUCUAGAGAACCAAAUUUUAUGCCGUGAGCAUGUUGAGCAACUAGAACCAAGUAUACGCUAUUGUUUGCACAAGAUUGGUGAGUCAAAAUUGCAGACUUCUGGGCUUAUACACAUAGGUGAAAUGGAAGGGCCUGCCCUUGACCUUUUCAAAGCCAAAUUAGAGGCUGCUAUGGCUGAGGCUAGAGCUCAGCAGGCUGCAUCCAUGACAGAGUUCAACUGGCUCGGUCAUACAUUUCCAAUUUCAAACCCAAAAACUAGGGUUUCUAUAUUAAAAGCUCAGGAAUUAGAGAGAGAAAUCCAUGAUCCAGCAGGCGACUCUCUUCCAGCAGAGAAGAGACUUGUUGUGUUUGACAAGAUAUUUGCAGCAUACCAUGAAGCCAGAAGCAACAUCCGCAGUGAUUUGGUUACUGCAGCCAGUUCUGAAAAUGUGAAAGAUGAAUUAAACGGCCUUGAUAAAGCCAUUGGUGCCAUUUUAGGACAGCGAACUAUUGAACGGAACCAGUUAUUGGUUAGCAUAGUGAAAAGUAAGUUCAAUAAGGUCCGAGAUGAUAAAAAUGAAAAAGUAACGAAGCCAGAAGAGCUUGUCCGGCUGUAUGAUCUCUUGAUACAGAACAUAUCUGACCUUUCUGAUUUAGUUAGCUCAGGAAGAGAUAGAAAAGCAGAAGAAGUGGCACUUGCUGAAGAAUGUGAACUGAAGAGUAUGGUUUUCCGGGCACAACGGUGUAUAAAUGAUGAACUUGUAUUGACUUUAGAAUGUGCAAAUCUUGCAAGUUUCAGCAAUCACGGGAUUCACGGCUCUCUUGAUAUUACUUACUAUGUCAUAGUCAAUGAUCAUCUUAAAGUGUUAUCGGACGAGAGUAGAUCCCACAGUUGCAUAGAGCAUGCUAGAGGAAUUAUGGAGCUGGAGAAGGCUCCUGAAAAUCUCUCAAAAAAGAUAUCAGCUAUUUCAUUAAGUGGAAAUGAGAAAAAGGUGGAGAAAUUUCUGGUUGAGAAAUUGGAUUGUUACGAAUCCGCCAUUGGUGACUCCAAUGUGAAGGCGGCUCCUCCCCGCAUUGCAGUCUUUCCACCGCCCUUUGAGGCUGUAGCCCGCAACCCUAUUUUCAUGGACUUGGCGUUUGAACUCAUCGACUUCCCGUCGCUUGCCAGUAGGAUGCGAAAAGACAAGAAAAGUGGCUUCAUCAGCAGAUUAUGGGGAUGAAUUCAUAUUUCUGCACUUUUGCAAUCUCUAGUUAUGGAUAUUAUUAUGCAUCCUUUUUCAUUAACAUUUUUUUUUCUCUUCAAUUUUCGCAACUCUAUUUUCUGCAACGGAGUUUUGUGUUGUUUUUUCGUUUUGUAAUACUGACUUUGUUUUUUUCAUUGGCAACAGAAACUUGUGUCAUUACUGAAUGCUUCCCAAUGUUUUUCCAAAUGAGAAUUUAUCCUUUUUUGGACUGAAUUUUGAUUCAAAUCCGAGUGUAUGCUCUAUUUUUU